UUAUCCUUGUUUGUCCAGAGAAGAACUUCCCAGUGUUGUCGGGCUGUGGAUCAGGUGUUUCACAUCAGUAAGUGAAGCUUGACAGCUAUUGUCACCCCUCAAGCCUACCUGAAACUCUUGGAUGUCAUUUGUUUGACCCUCGCCUGCGUUUGGGUUUCCUCUCCCCAGUCCCUGUUGUGCUGCUGUGACACACCAUCAGCAUGGCAGGAUCCCACAGCCCUGCAUCAGAUCCCGUGGCAGAACUGAACGACCUCGAAUGCCAGCAGUUGCAAUCCCAGCUGGCAGAGAGCCAACAGGACUACUGGGAGCUCAAGGAGAAGUUUCUCGUAGCUGAGGCUACAAACUUUGCCCUGGCCAAGGAGCUGAAAAAAUACAAUUGUGAGAAGUUUAAAAACAUCAUUGAGUCCAUACUGACCAAGAAGCUCCACUUUGAGGAGCCGCUGGCAGAGAAGCCCACGGUCCCAGAGCUGCUCAGGCAUUGCCGUGGCAUCCUUGAAGAUCAGGAUCAAGAACUUUCCCAGUUGCGUCCCAAGGUCCAAAGGGGGAGAAAUCUAGCCCACAUCCUGCAGCAAUACCUGAAGGACGUGCGCACCCUGCAUGACCCUGAGACCUGCAAGGGGCAGGGCUUCCGACGACUACUCACCGAAGCUGUCCGGCUGUCAGCGUGCCUUGAGGACCUGCUUGGAGCAGAAAAUAUUGAAGAGGAGGAAACACCAGCACAAGGACCUGUUGCUGACAGGGAGCUCUUGGAAGUGGAUGAAAUGGAAACCGCACAAAGUUCACAGCAGGAAACAUCUACCACUGGUGCUGUUGACCACCUGCCGAGUGACUCCUGCCUGACUGGCCUGACUGAGAGCACUGACCAAUGGACUUGUGAUGCUGAGGACACCCACAGUGUGCUAGGUGUAGAUGGGGAACACGCCUGUUCGCACCAGAAAGAAGAACCUGUCACCGUUCUCCCAGAAAAUCAAUAUGACGAAGUGGAGGUACAAAUGCAAGACGUCACAUACACCUCCAGCAGGGAGCUCCCAGAGCAGCAAGAGCGGGAAGACCCAAAUGACGCGCUGGACGAGCGCUACCUCACUCCCUCGAUUUUUCCGGUCGUUUCUGAGCCUGACCAUUCCACGUGGAGCAGCUGGUGCUCCCUGGAGCAUCAGGACGUGCUCUCUGUUCCAGAUGCAGACCAAAAGGAAAAUGACAAUGAUGACGUGGAAGUGGAAACACAAGCCCUGUCACACUCCAGUCUCAUCAGGGAGAUUCCGGAGAUUGAAGAUCAAGAUGUCUCACAAGACUCUCACGAAAAUCAAUAUAAUGAAGUGAAGAUGCAAGAGCAAGAUGGCACAAACACUUCCAGUCUCAUCAGGGAGAUUCCAGAGAUUGAAGAUCAAGAUGUCUCACAAGACUCUCACGGUACGUGUUUGACUCCUGCACUACUUCUGGAAGCUUCUGACUGGUCCCAUUCUAGGAGCACCUGGUCCUCACUGGAGAAACAGCAUGUCUGCUCUGCUCUUGUUGUAGACAGGUCCCAGUGA